AUGGCCGUCACUCUACAACAUCUCAACAGCGAUGCCACCUUUUUGUUGACCUUUGAACCCAGAAGCUAUGAACACAGCCGAGCUGGUCCAUCCAAGAGCCCAAAGCCAUUCCGAAUCCUGCUAGACCCAUGGAUCACAGGACCGGCCAAAGUCAUGCAUCCAAAGAUAGUUAAUGAAACUCACAGACAGCCACCCUGCAUCUUGUCUCUCCUUGAGCUUCCCGAGCCAGAUUUGGUCAUUAUAUCCCACCACAGCUCCAAACAUUGCAAUAAAGCUACCCUCCAGCAGCUCCCAGCCGUUGGUACGAAAACGGUCAUCUUAACAACACCAGCCUCAGGAAGCAAAAUCAAGAGCUGGAAAUACUUUGAGAAGAGUAGAGUCAGAACCCUGCCCAAAUGGAAACCCCAAGAACCAGGCAGACUUCACAUACUGCGAUUCCCAACCCCAUCCACACCCCCAGGAGACCCAGGAGAAAUAACAGUAGCCUUCCUUCCUCAACAACCCGAUAUUUUAGGCCUUCAAUACGCAAUAGGAAUCACCUACCGGCCGCCACCACCCCCAUUAUACCACCUGCCCCUUCCCCCACGACUCCGGAGUAAAUCCCAAACCAGUUUGAGAACCCCCCUAUCUCCAGUCUCAAUCCAACAACAACCGAAGCAACAUCCCUUACCACCCCCAGACGACAGACCCAUCAGCAUCCUCUACAUCCCCCACGGAAUCCCCUACCCAACAAUCCAUACCUACAUAACCAACCACCUAAUCUCCGAAGCCGCCCUCCCACUGACCGUCCUCCUCCACCCAUUCAACAACACCCACCACCGCGGGACCGUCCCAUCAGGAAUCGAAAUAGCAAUCAAACUAGCCGCCAAAGUCUGGAUUGGCGCCCACGACGGCGACCUAGUCCUCCGCGGCCUCAUCAACAGGCUGUUGUUUUCCAGAAGAAGAAAAAUCCCCAAGCAGUACACUAAGGACGACAUCCAUCAGCUUCUCGCAACAAAAGAAGAAGAAGAGAAUACAACAACAACAAACAAGACAGCUGUCCUUGUCCUUGAACCCGGCGAGAAGACCACCCUUCACAGCACGACGAGCAAGCCUGGUGGUGGUGGUGUUGUCAUGGGGACGAUCACCGACCGAGGGGAACUGCAAGAUGAGAAGCAGGGAGGCCAUGAUCACGGCGGUGCUGAGAGUACUAAGGGUCAGGACGACAACAACCACAACAACAACAACAACAACAACAACAACAAAAACAAGACUGCCAAGGAUAAUGUUGGCUCAUCAAGUUCCGGGAAAACCCCAGCAACAGCAGCAGCAGGGAUAUCCAUCCCCUCGUUGGAAAAGUGCAAUUGGCGGUCUAACUUGGAGUUGUUUCUCAAAAAGGAAGAGGUUCAUCACGGAGGGAGGGUGCCAGCUUGA